AUGAAAGUCAAGAAGAUCAGCUCAAUAAUAGAUACAUCUGAAAGCAAAGGAUGAAACUUAAACAGGAAACUUCGUCAGAACAAACUCAUGUCUGAGAUUAAGAAACGAGAACGGAACAUUUCUCAACAGAAUCAGAAGAUGUUCCAGCGGCUAGUCUCAAUUGUUAGUAGACCAAAUCCUCUCAAUUGUCAAAGUAAAGGGCCUAAUUCAUUGAAUUUUGAUAAACGAAGAAGCGAGAUGAAGAGAAUCAUGAAAUCAAAUGUUGAUAUUCUGAAUAAUAUUCGAAAAGCAAAACCUGCUCUAUCUAUUAAGGAGCUCCAGAAGAGAUUUCAUUACACUGAGAAGUAUAAGACGAUAGCAUCUAGUUAUGACGAAUAUGGUAAGAAGGAAGACCCUGUUGAGAGACUUAUGCACCAGGUUUAUUAUGAUGCCUCUUCGUCUCCGAGAAGAAGGGUCGCUAAAGGUCCUGUAAGCACCAGUUUUAAACCCAGAGUGAAGAGGCAUGGCUCUAUUGAUAAUAGAGGGAAGAGAUGGGCUGGUUCUAAUGUCUAUUCUGGAGCAAGAAGCUUUCAGUAUACACCAUCUAGAGAUAGAAGUGGCACUAAUAGAGACAGCAUGCUUCCUUCGAUUGGAGAUUUCAAGGAGAAAUUCAUAUCUGUUGAUCAAUUCAACUCGAUGAAAACAAAUGAGAUGGCUGAUAUUAGAAAAUUCAAGAAAGGAAAGAAGAAGGGAUUCUCAAGUGUCCAACAAGUCCUUCAAAUACAUGGUCCCUCUGGUCUUGGGAAUGCCUCGAACACCUCUAUGCAUAUGAUAUAAGAUUUUGUCUUUCUCUGA